AGUUUAUGCAUUGGACAAUUAUAAGAGCCACAUCGGCCUUCUCCCGGAACACUCAAUCCUCUCGAUCGUCUUUAAGCUUCUUCCGUCCGAUACUUCACUACCGCUCACUGAUGACUACCCCCUCAGAGGAACCCAAUACCGCAACAGCAGUGCCUGUCACUAACGACUCGACUGAGACUCCUCAGAAGCUCCCCGCCCACGAGCGUAAGCGUUUGGCCCGCGAGGCCAAGGCCAAGGCCGCUGCUGCUAAGAAGGCCGAGCGUGAGGCUAAGAUGGCCGCACAGAAGGCGGCCAAGGCUGAUAAGGUCAGCGAUGAGGAUCUGGACCCCACUCAGUACCGGAACAACCGUUUGGGUGAACUCGACGCCAUCCGAGCCUCUGGCCGAGAGGCAUACCCUCACAAGUGGCCUGUUGAUUCCACUAUUGCUGAGGUUACUCAGAAGUACACCGAUCUUGAGGCUGGUCAGCACACCGGCGAUGUUGUUUGCUUAGCUGGUCGCGCCAUGUCCAAGCGUGAGAGCGGCAAGCAUAUGGUUUUCUACGAUCUCUGGGAGGAUGGCCAUAAGAUUCAGGUCAUGUCCGUCGCCCAAGAUUGGACCGGCGAUGUUGACUUCGCCACGGCUCACAAGGAGGUCCAUCGCGGUGACAUUAUCGGUGUUAAGGGUGUUGUCGGCAAGUCCAAGCGUGGUGAGCUCUCUAUCUUCCCUUCGGAGAUUCGCCUUCUUUCCACCUGCAUGCAUAUGCUCCCUAAGGCCCAAUUCGGCCUCAAGGACCAGGAGGUUCGCUUCCGACAGCGAUAUCUCGAUCUCAUCAUGAACCCUCAUGUGAGAGAGACCUUCCAAAGACGAUCUCAGAUCAUCGGCUAUAUCCGCAGUUUCCUGGGUAACCGUGGCUUCAUGGAGGUCGAGACUCCCAUGAUGAACAUGAUUGCCGGUGGUGCUUCGGCCAAGCCCUUCAUCACUCAUCACAACGAACUCGAUCUCGACUUGUACAUGCGUAUCGCUCCCGAGCUCUACCUCAAGAUGCUCGUCGUUGGCGGCCUUGAUCGUGUUUUCGAAAUCGGCAAGAACUUCCGUAACGAGGGUAUUGAUCUUACUCAUAACCCCGAGUUCACCUCGUGCGAGUUCUAUAUGGCUUAUGCUGAUUACAACGAUCUCAUGAACAUGACUGAGGAGAUGAUCUCUGGCAUGGUGAAGUCUAUCUUCGGCACCUAUAUGGUUACCUUCCACCCUGAGGGCCCUGAGGGUCCCGCUAAGGAGAUCAACUUCGCUCCUCCAUGGAAGAGAGUGUCCAUGGUCGAGGAGAUUGAGCGCCAAGCCGGUGUGUCUCUCAACCGCGACUUCGCCGCCGAGGAAGCCCGGCAGCAGUUGGACGACUUAGCGAGCAAGUUCGAUGUGGAGUGCCCUGCUCCCAGGACUUCCGCUCGCCUUCUCGACAAGCUCUGCGGGUUCUUCAUUGAGGACAAGAUUGUGAGCCCCACCUUCAUUACUGAGCAUCCCCAGAUCAUGUCGCCUCUCGCCAAGUGGCACCGAUCCAAGCCUGGUCUCACAGAGAGGUUCGAGGGUUUCAUCAUGGGUAAGGAGAUCUGCAAUGCUUACACGGAGUUGAACGAUCCUGUGAAGCAGUUGGCUUGCUUCACCGCCCAGGCCCAGGCCAAGGCUGAGGGCGAUGACGAGGCUUGUGAUGUUGACAAUGGUUUCGUCACUGCAUUGGAGUAUGGUCUCCCUCCUACUGGUGGCUGGGGUCUUGGUGUUGACAGACUCUGCAUGUUCCUUACGGAUAACAUUAACAUCAAGGAGGUUAUCCUCUAUCCCGCUAUGAAGCCCAUAGUUAACAAGCCCGCUGAAGGCGAACAGCAGCAGCAACAGGAGUAAAUAGCUUGUUUAUAAGGAUUCAUUCCACUACGUUGAUUGAUGGGGAGGUGGCCUUUAGACGGAAGUUUCUGUCUGUUCCUGUUUUCACAAGACAUCCGAUGCCUCUGUUACAUAGCUACACUAUCUUCA